AUGAAAGAAGAUUCUCCACUCAAGCUUGAUAAACUUGCAGCAGGAAAUCUUUCGGAUAAUAUUCAAGAAUUUGAAUUUGUCUUUAUUGUGCAUUUGAUGUUCAAGAUGUUGCUUUUUAAAAAUGAAUUGAGCAGAGCUUUAGAAAAGAAAGAUCAAGAUAUCAUCAAUGCUAUGGAGUUGCUGAAUCUUGCAAAGAUAAGAUUGCAAAAAAUGAGAGAAAGUGAAUUGGAGUCUAUGAUGGAUGAGGUUUAUUCAUUUUGUGGCAAACAUGAUAUUUUGAUUCCCAAAAUGGUUGAUGACUGUCCAAGGUUGAAGCGUAAGAGGUCCGGAGUUUCAUAUUUACAUCACUUUCAUGUGGAAGUAUUUUAUGCGGUUAUUGAUUUGCAACUUCAGGAGCUCAAUAAUCGUUUUGAUGUUGCGACUAGUGACUUACUCCUUGGUAUGGCUAGUUUGAAUCCCGUUGAUUCAUUUCCUAAUUUUGAGAAGAAUAGGAUAAUGAAGUUGGCCGGGUAUUACAAAAGUGAGUUUGGUGAUAACCAACUUCGAGAUCUCAGUUACCAGCUUGAUAGUUUCAUUGUCUAUGCUCUACAGCGUGAUAGCAAGUUUCUCAACUUGAAAGGGAUUAAGGAUCUUGCUAUUGUGAUGCUGACAUUGAUUUUACCUGUUGCUACUGCAAGUGUGGAAAGAGCAUUUUCCUCAACGAAACUCAUAAAAAAUGAUCUACGCAAUAACAUUGGUGAAGAAUUUCUGAAUGGUUGUUUAGUUUGUAAGAUAGAGCAUAAGCUAUUUGCAACUAUAAACAAUGAUGCUAUUAUGGAUCGUUUUCAAAGGAUGAAGCCUCGUCGAGUAGAAUUGUAA